CGCCUACCUGCCUACCAGAUUUGGUUUAAUGAAUUGAUUUGACUAACGGUCUAGGUAGCCCUUCGCGCCUGUGUCAUUAGGCCGAAAUUAGGGUCCAUCCCCCUAGGUGUCAACCAACGAACGGGCAGGCUCUUAAAUUUCACGCUCCGCUGCUGCCUUGAAAACUCUGUCGUCCCACCACACAGCAAGUCAACGCCUUCAGCGCCUCUCCGACCGCAGAUGCACAUCAUGCGCUAUUCGGCUUCCCUCGUUUUGCUCGCGGCCCUCGUCGCGCCAUCAGUCGCCUCGCCCAACGGCUACUCGAGCCCCAAGUCGGCGCCAGAUGGACCCCACAAGCUCGACGCCUGCGGCUGCGCGCCCAUCUACCAAAAGAUGCUCACUUGCCAGAAGCUCAAGUCGUUCGACGACGCCAUCCGAGACUGCAUCUGCAUCCCCAAUCCAGACGGGUGGUAUGGGUGGUUGGACAGCUGUCGAGACUGCCUGUCGCCCGGGUCGCUGGAGGACGACGACUUCUUCGACAACCUGUCGCGCACCAUGACUCAGCUGUUGGUCUCGUGCACCGAGAUUGGCGGCGGCAUCAAGAGCGACGGCGAGAGCAUCUGCGCGAGCAACGCCUAUUUCCAGGCGUGCGCGGCGCUCAAGACCGGCGGGCAGACCAGCUGGGCGUCCUACGAGACGUUUACCAGUGGGGAAGGGUUUGCCAGUGGAGAAGGGGGGAACGGGACGUACGUCUUGGAUAUUUCCGAGUCUCAGGGGGGCUCGUCGGCCGAUUCGACUUCGACGACCGACACCGCCGCGCCGGCAGCUACAACAGCGUCUGGGACAGUUGCUCCCACCGAGGUCCCUACAACAGCGUCUGGAACAGUUGCUCCCACCGAGGUCCCGGCAAAUAUCUCGGUCACUCCUGCUCCCGGGACGGAAACAGCUUCUGCAUCAGCCACGGCGACGACAACCACUUCGUCGGCCAUGGGCUGCGCAGGCUCUCGAUCUCAGGCAGAGCGUAUGAUUGGUUUGGCGUUUGCUCUGGGAGUUGCAAGUUCCUUGCUUUGAGGCUCUGGCGCUGCAUCAGCGAGAUGUACAUUAUCGUGUUUCUUCAUGAUCGGCAUAGAUCUUGAAUACUUUGUAGCAUGGGAAUGUGGGGAGUCGGAUAAGCAGCCUAAUCGCCUCCUCGCUUGGCUAUAUCCAAAUUGGUGGUUCUGGAACUCCUUCCCAGGUGGCCGAUCACCGACCAUUCGUCCCUGAGCAUCGUGAUCCG